CGUGUCGCUUGAUGAUCAGUUGAUCGGCUGGCCAUGGCUUGUUCCUCAGUUUGCUGCCUGCACUGUCGGAGAGAAUUUCGAGUGAAGAAUUUUGGAUUUGCAGAUGUUCAUCCUGCUCGAUUUGUCGUGUUUCAGUGGCGACUUCCCCCAAUCAUCUAUGUUGUAUACCGCAUGAUCAUGGCUGUGUAUGCAGACUUCUGGUUGAUUUAUACCUCAACAUCUUUCAUCGGAUUUGGCACAGAAGACAUGACUGAUAUUGACCCAGGAAAUGCUUCCACACAGAACGGAACAAAGAAUGGUACAGACUUUGUACUGUACCCAUGGUAUGCUUACUUAACGAACUGGACUUACCUUUUGUUGUGUUUGUAUCUGACAUGGCACUUUUUCGUCACCGUGGCUUACUUGCUUCAAAACCCAAUGCCACUAAACAGCCGUCCAGACGAAACUUUCCACAGAAAAAUUUUCUCCGAGUUGAAUUCCUCUGCAAGCUUUUACAACACGACUGACUACAACGCUGUUGUUGUGUCCUCCAUGGAUCCUGUCCUGGGAAGUGAUACGUUCGUUCUUCCGUGGUACUUCAAGGUCACAUGGGUGCUAUACAACAUGGCGAAUGUUGGAUCCCUGCUUGUUACUGUGGUUUUCUUUGUCUUCCUCUGGCCCAUGUUCAACACAUCUAAUAUCGGCAUGUUUAAUCUUCAACUUCAUGGAAUAAAUACUGUGCUUAUAGGAAUUGAACUCUUUCUCACCGCUGUACCAUAUCGCCUGUACCACUAUAUAUAUCCUUUGUUUUAUGGUUUGGCAUACCUUAUUUUCUCAGCCAUAUUUUAUGCCGCUGGAAACACAAAUCCAAUAUACCCAGAAGUAUUGGACUGGUCUAAACCAGGACAAACAGCUGUUAUUUGUUUACUGCUGGGCUUUGUUUUUAUGCCCUUUUUGCAGGCUUUAUUCUUCUUUAUAUACAAGCUUAGAUUGUUAAUUUACCAAAAAAUUUCUAGUGAUAUUACUGUUGAUCAAAAUGAAGAUGCAUUUUAUUCAGACAUUCACAAUAUCUGAAUUGGUGAAUGAUUUUUUCUUUUAUGUUAAACAACUUUUUCAAUGUUGAUGAUGACACAGUUCUCUGAAAUGUUCGCCCCCCCCCCUUUUAUGGGGGGGGGGGGGGAGUAAUAAGAAUACAAGGAACAGAGAGAUAUUUCUCUCAGUGUUAGUUCACCAUUUGUUUACCACUUUCACCAUUCCAUUAACUUUUGGGGUACUGUAGUAGUAGGGUAGUAGUGUAAAGAUAUAUAUAAAAGGUGCUAUAAAGAUGUUAGUUUAGUAGAGGUUUCAGUUUUAAAAUGAAUUCUGCCAAAAUGCAGUAGAAUUGCCUGUACUUGCACAUACCCACAAAAUAAGUACAUGUAAGAUAUUAAUUGAUGUUUUUAUCAAUCAUAGCUGGAAAUGACCAUUGGACAAUCACUAUAUAUUAAUUGUAUGUCUAGCACUCACUGGUGUGAGCUACUUUAUAUGUAUUAAAUAUUUUACUCUGUUAAAGUAAUGCAGUAGCUGAUGUUGAUUUACCUUGAUUUUUCUUUUUCUUUGUUCAUUGAAUACAAUAGCAAGUUAUGAGAGAAGUAUAUUUUUUGCAUUGAUUUUUCUGAUAAUUAGAUUAAAGUCUUGUUUUCCCUACAGGUAUCUGUGAGCAAUAACAUCCACAUCUCUUUCUACUAAUUAUAUAUAAACUGGUAUAAGGGAGUUUGAAAACCUGAAUUAUUAUGUCAUCUAUAGUUUAUCAUGUUUAUGACACGUUUAUUCUUGCCUGUUGAUUUUCUUAUUCAUUCAUUCAUAUCGUGAAAUUAUACAUUGAGUGUCUAUUUUCGAUUUAUAAUAUUAUAAUGUACUUUUUUCCUGAACAAUUUCAUGUGUAUUAUUAAAGUUGUUUUUCAUGUUAUGUUGAUUGUUAACUUCAAAAGAACAUAUUUUGUUAUAUAUAUAAUCAGUAAACCAUAAAAAUCAAAAUGAUGCCAAAUAUAUAUA